AGUACUUUGGAAAAAUAACAAAACCCAAAAAUUCAGUUUUAAUUCUAGGUUUCUCCGUCUCCCACAGAGUACGCGAUGGAGGACAGAGUUCGCAAAGCCUCCUCACACAGUACCUCUUUGCAUAGAGUUCUACGGGUCGCAUAACAGCAAAGCUACCGUGACCGAGAUUUCGACUCCGUCUUUGCGAUUUCGCCUCCAACUCCUCCAUUUCGCCUCCAUCUCCGUCUUUGUGAUUUCUCGAUUCCAAUCCCUCUUAGGGAUGUCAAGCAGUCAACGAGCAGAAAGUUGUCAUGCAUUUUUCAAGUCUUAUGUUUCAAAAAAAAAUACAUUGAUGGAUUUUGUGGUGAGGUUUAGUAGAGCUCUAAAACGCCAAAGACACCAAGAAUUAUGUCUUGAUCACAAGGACAUUAACGAACAACCUGUCAUGAAAACCAUGUUUGGUGUUGAGAAGUCUUUGGCUGAGUUGUUCACACACACCAUGUUUUACAAAGUUCAAGAGGAGUUGUUCCAAAGCAUGGCAUAUAUGGCGACAUUUGAGCAUGAGUCUGGAAACUUGAAGUUAUAUAAUGUUCAGCGUGUUGAAGGGAGUCAGAAAAGUGCUAGAAAAGUAAUUGAGGACAAGCCAUUGAAUUAUAUGACUUGUAGCUGUAGGAAAUUUGAAUCCUAUGGAAUAAUAUGUCGGCAUAUUUUUUCAGCUUUCAGCAAGAUACUUCUACAUCAACCAUUGCCUGAUAUUUAUGUACUGCGGAGAUGGACAAAGGCUGCAAAAUCAUUAACUGUAGGAGGUGGUGAUGGGCAGGAUAAUUGUGAUAGAAAGGUAAUACUCAAGCACAAUACCUUGCGUAGACAAGCGUCAAAUAUUAUUGAGGCCGCUUUGAUCAAUGAAGAUAUAUAUAACCUCACAUUUGAAUCGUUCGAGUCACUUCAAUGCAAGAUCAACUCAAUGACACUAAAUGAUGGAGGACAGUCGUCUACACCUAGUUUGUCUCUAUCAAAGGUGACUUACAAUGAGCCAGAAAAGGUUAGAGCAAAAGGUUGUGGAAAGAGACUCAAGGGAGGCAAAGAAAUUGCCACUAAGAACCCCAAAAGGCGUUGUAAUGGUUGCGGAUUAGCGGGGCAAUCACAUGACAAAAGGAAUUGUCCUUUAAUUAUGGGUAGGAUGCAGUAGCUUCAUGGCCUAUGCUGUUCAAUUUUUUUAAGGAUGUUGAAUCCUACUGGACAUUGUUAUUUUGAUGUACUUAUGUUCAUAGCCUAUGGUUUUCAUUUUGAGGAUGUUGAAUCCCACUAGAUAUAACUUAUGUGUAAUUUUUUGCUUGAGUUGAAACUGGAUUGGUUUUCUAAUCCUUGUUCACACAUUAGUAUCCUUGUAUCUCAUCCUUGUUUCUAAUCCUUGUUUCUCAUGCUAA